AUGGCCGACUUCUUCCUCCGCGCACCUCCGAUACCUCAAAUACACACCGGCAGCACCUCUACACCGUCGCCAAAGCGCCAGAAACACGCCUCGGCAUCUUCGCAGCCUCUGCAGCCCGCUGACCGGACCCUCGCACAAACCGUAUCGCAGACAGUCAGAGGAGCGGCGGGCUUCUUGCGAUCCUGGAAAGAUGGCGUGAGUCGCGAAGAGCGCGAGAAGGCGAGGCUCCUCGAAGAAAGAAAAAACAUACUCUGCCUGCGCAUGAAGAGCGCUGAGACAUUGAAACAAUGGCAAGCGGCAGCACAGGAACUCGACGUCCUCGAGGGCAACGAUGACUGGAGACGAGACGAUGAAAGCGACGACUACAACGCCAAGCUCAUCGAAGAGCGGCUCCGGGCGCUCGACGAGGCCCGCGAAAGUCGGGACAUCCGCACCAUGAUGCACCUCAUCCGAACGGCCCUGUCGCGCGAUCUCGGCGGCAUGGGUAACGUCGAUCUUUACCGGCACUCCUAUCUUGGCACCAAGACGCUGAUUGAGCGCUAUGUCGAGUCGACAAUCGAAACCAUCGACGCUGCCAUUGUCCACAGCGCCACGGACCAGGGCAUUGCCUACAAGGACCUGCUAGAAGGCAUGUUGCUCGCGCGCCAGAGCUUCGGACGAAGCGCCCUUUUAUUAUCUGGCGGCGGGACGUUCGGCAUGGCCCACGUCGGCGUCCUCAAGGCCUUGUUCGAGAACCAGCUUCUCCCCAGGAUCAUAUCCGGCGCCAGCGCUGGAAGCAUAGUCUGCGCCGUCAUGUGCACGAGGACGGACGAAGAGAUUCCGCAGCUGAUUAAAGAGUUUCCCUAUGGCGAUUUAGCGGUUUUCGAAGCCCAAGACAACCAAGAUGGCCUGUUGGACCACUUUCGCCGGCUGCUAACGGAGGGCUGCUGGUCGGACAUUGCCCAUCUCAGGAGAGUCAUGAGGGGUAUGAUGGGCGACAUCACCUUUCAGGAGGCGUACAACCGCACUCGACGCAUCCUCAACAUUUGCGUCUCAUCUGCAUCCGUAUACGAACUGCCACGGCUGCUCAACUAUGUCACUUCGCCCAACGUCAUGAUUUGGUCUGCUGUAGCGGCGUCUUGCUCGGUGCCUCUCAUCUUUAACUCGUCGCCCCUGCUGGUCAAAGACCCGGUUACGGGCGAACAUCGCCAGUGGAACCCUUCGCCCCAACGAUUUAUCGACGGCUCGGUGGACAAUGACUUGCCCAUGACGCGCCUCGCGGAAAUGUUCAACGUCAAUCAUUUCAUCGUGUCGCAGGUGAACCCGCACGUCACCCCGUUUCUCUCCAAGGAUGAUCACCUUUCACCCGAGAAUGAGCAUGCUCACAAGAGCGCCAAAAACGGUGGCGAUGACAUGGAUUGGAUAUAUACCUGCACAUCGCUAGCCAGAGACGAGGCUCUCCACCGACUGCAGUUUAUGGCCGAGAUGGGUUUCUUCCCUAACAUGAUGACCAAGUUUCGAAGUAUCCUCAGUCAAAAAUACUCGGGCAAUAUCAAUAUUUUGCCUGACCUGACCCUCGACAACCUCCCCGUGCUUCUCAGCAAUCCCUCUGUAGACUUUAUGCUGAAGUGCUGUCUCGUUGGUGAAAGAGCGACUUGGCCAAAGCUGUCUAGAAUACGCGAUAGCUGCGCGAUAGAGUUGGCGCUGGAUCGUGCAGUGCACCGGCUCCGGACGAGAGUCGUCUUCUCAGAGAGCCAGAGCAACCUCAGAAGCAUAGUCUCAUACAUGGGAGGCUUGCGGCUCAACAAGCAUGAUCAGACACCCAACCAGGCCAAUCUUGGUGUACCGCUUGCCAGUCACGGCCAAAAGCGUCAGCGACGAAGAUCAGGCGGGAGCCUCCUUUUGCCCGGCCCAGGAUUGGUCCUCGACACCGAUCUAACAGAUGAGGAGACUGCUGAGGAGGAACGCCUGGAAAUCUCCUCACGAAGACAUGGACUUGCCUCUUCCACUCCUCUGCGCAAGCCGCAGCUAAAAAGGUCGGCCUUGAGUCAGACGCAUGUGCCUCAGUUGUCCGUCUCCCAGUCUCAAUCAAACCCAAGAUUCAACUUCUCCAAGCCAAUAACCCCCCCGGCAAGUAUUCACGGCGAGCUGGAUGCUAUUGAUGCCGCGAACAUCAACUAUUUGGAACCAAGAGUUCCGAUUACUUUUAGUGACGAUGGGAAUGGCCACGUCGGGCCGUCGUUGGGGCCUGCGAUAUCUCCGGUUGACGAAAUCGAGACGAGUGAGCCAAACCACACGAGCGACACGGAAGUGGAGCAAGGGACCGAAGAGAGUGACCCCGAUGACAGCCAGUCUGCGCCUCUUGAGGACACUCCCAAACCAGCUAAUCAUGGCGCAUUUGGCCCUGCUGGGCAAGUCAUUGGCGGCUUUUGGUGA